AAAAGGAUCCGAGACAUGAGCUACUGAAGCACAGCUUUGGAGGAGCAAUUGUUCCUUUUGGGAGGGCAGUGCAGCUAUAAAUAAUUAUUUCUGUUACCUAGCACAGAAGUAUAGAAAAUAAGUAAGCAAUAAUGCCACAGAAUGUAACUUUGCAAGGUCCAGCCCCUUGGGGAUUCAGACUGACUGGUGGAAAUGAUUUUAAUCAGCCAUUGACUAUAUCAAGGAUUACUCCAGGAAGCAAGGCAUCACUAGCCAACCUUUGCCCUGGUGACAUCAUUCUUUCCAUUGAUGGUGUAACAACAGAAAGCAUGACUCAUUGCGAAGCUCAGAAUAUGAUUAAGGAUUCCACAAAUCAGCUGAAUCUGAAGAUCAAGAGACCAGAAACCAAGCUUUGGUCUCCUCAAGUGACAGAAGGUGGUAAAGCCCAUCCUUUUAAAAUCAAUUUGGAAGCUGAACAGCAAGAGUUUAAACCAAUCGGUGCUGCUCAUAAUAGGAGAGCCCAGCCAUUUGUAGCUGCAGCCAGCAUUGACGAUAAAAGGCAGGUAGUGAGUUCAGCCUACAACACUCCUAUAGGCCUGUACUCUUCCGGCAACAUCCAGGACGCCCUCCAUGGACAGAUACGAGGCCUCAUUCAAGACAAACCAGAAGGUGGAUGCAAGAAGCCUCCCCAUGCGGUUGCUCGCAUCAUCACCCCCAGCGAUUUAAAGGUUACCAUGAAAGGGUCUCCUCAAAAGACCUGGGUGGCAGAGCUGCCAGGGGUUAGGAUUCAACAUGCCCAGUUUAACUCCCCCAUACAAUUGUACUCAGAUGCCAAUAUUAUGAACUCUCUAUAUGGACAGGCGUCUGCCACUUUAACUGAAAAACCUGCUUUCAGUGUUGAACCAACGCCAUCGAUCGAGCAGUCACACGUGUACAAAAUGCUUCAGGAGAAUCAAGAUGAAUACCAUGAGCCUCGGCAGUCUGGCUCCUUCAGAGCUCUGCAAGAUUAUGUGGAGGACGAUCCUGGUUCUCGUCCCAGUGGCACUAGAAGUGUGAGAGCUCCCAUCACAAAGGUUGGUGGACCCACCGGAAGUGUUCAGAAACUGCCACUGUGCGACAAAUGUGGCAAAGGGAUUGUCGGGACCAUUGUGAAGGCCCGUGAUAAGUUUCGCCACCCCGAAUGCUUUGUGUGCUCUGACUGUAACAUGAAUCUGAAGCAGAAGGGCUACUUCUUCGUGGAGGGACAGCUGUACUGUGAGACCCACGCCAGGUCUAGGAUGAGGCCUCCCGAGGGAUAUGAUGCUGUCACUGUUUACCCUACAGCCUAAACAUCUUGCUUACUGGAAGUAUCCUGCAGAAAUAGCUUCACUCCGUGCCUUCUGAAUCCAUUGAGAUUAACAUUAGCAGGAAUGUGCAUCAUGGUACAUUACACUAUAUAAACAUUGUUACAUUUUGGUUCAAUGCAAAAAAUACUCCACUAAUCGUUAGUAAUUGCUACAGAAUACAAGGGUCACCUAAAAGCCUAUCUUGUUCAGAGUGUACACACAUGCAUGUUAUUUCAGUCUGCUACAUAAUUAUCUGUAAAAGCAAGCAAACCCUAGACAACACAUAUUUUGUAGCUUUCAACAGUGCUAAGACUACAAUAAACUUAAAGAAAGUGAAUGUACAACAGUGAUUUCAAUGCUCCAUAAAAGAAAUAAGUAUUUUCUUCAAGUAUCUUAUACUGUAUAAAUUAACCUAUACAUAAAUGGAUAAACAGAUAUGCAAUUAGUAUGCAAUGGAAUUAAUAGAAACAGUUUAGGCCUGUAGUCUUCUUAGCUGUAUAUGUAGUGCAUAAUGUAUUUGUAGUAUUUUCACUCACUGACAACACAGAAUGGUUUCCCACUUAUUUUCCUCUUUCUCCAUGUACAAAAUGUUUAUGUAAGCAGGAUGUGUGAAUACUGAAAAUGUCUACCUUAAAUCUGUUUAUUUCUUCAAUAAAAGCAUUGUGUUAUAAUAGUA